AAUUGGCAACCUACUGUUAUAAAUGAAACUUCCAUUUCAAAAAUUUUACUUACAAUUUCAAUAUUGCUUUGAUGAAUUAGAUAAAAUUGUUAAGCUUUGAUUGAUCUGUGAAUUACGCUGAAAAUUGGAUGGAGAAUUAUCAAUUUGGAGAAGAAUUUCAGAAGCUAAUGAUUGCGGCGGAUAAUGGUAAUGGUAAUGGCAAUGGAAAUGGAAAUUCGUUUACUGCCCUUUUAGAAUUACCUCCUAAUCAAGCUCUGGAGCUCUUAACUGAUGAUUUUAAUGGAGGUGGUUCUGGUGAUGUAGUUAAACGGCAUCGUAUUAGUGCGUUCAAUCAUUCUUUGGCAUCGUUUCCUGCUUUUCCUUCUAAUCGCGCGUUAAUUGAACGCGCUGCUAAGUACUCUGUAUUUGCUGGUGAAAAUAAUUCAAUGGAGUCCAAAGUGAAAGUUGAGCCGUUGGAUAGUGGGUCUAACCCUUUUUCUUCUGAUCCGACGGCUGGGAGCGAGAGUGAAAAGGAGAAGCCAUUAAAACGCAAAAAGAGAGAAAAGAAGGGUAAAGGAGCUAGUAAGAAGAGUAAAACGACGACGUUGGAAGAUGGGGAGAAGCUUCCUUAUGUUCAUGUUCGUGCACGGCGAGGUCAAGCAACUGAUAGCCAUAGCUUAGCUGAACGAGCAAGAAGAGAGAAAAUUAAUGCUCGUAUGAAGUUGUUGCAGGAGCUGGUCCCUGGGUGUAAUAAGAUUUCGGGAACUGCAUUGGUGUUGGAUGAGAUCAUCAAUCACGUGCAAUACUUGCAACGUCAAGUAGAGUAUUUGUCGAUGAAGCUUGCAGCAGUUAAUCCGAGAAUAGAUUUCAACCUUGACACUCUAAUAUCAGGCGGGGUUGAAUCUGCGAUGGACUGCAGUUUUCCGAAUAUGGCAAUGCAAUUUCCAGUAAUGUGGCCAGAACUACAUCACAAUGGAGAUGGACAACAUUUUCAACAGCAAUGGCACGCUGAGUCUUUAAGUCGGCCAGUUUGGGUCAAGGACGAUAACCACCUUAGUUCGGGUGCUUCUGAAAACCCACGUAUGUCCUACGAUUCACCCGGAAAUUCAGGUAAAUUGCACUUGAAAAUGGUCAAGCAAAUUUUUCAUACCCACUAGUUUUGGUAUUGCUGAAAAUGCAGCUUUAUUAUGCCUCAUAUCGUCUCCGUGUUCUUGACCAACUAGCAGCAUCGUUGCACUCGAGCCAGCUAAAAACGGACUUGUGAAGACCAUAAUAUAUGGGAAUGUAGCCAACUUGUGUAUAUAGCAGCAAAUAUGAAUUUAUAUUAGAAGUUCAGACGGGAAGUAGAGAAGAUUUAGGCUUUAGAAUUUGGGGUUUCGAUCUUUCUAUAAUUCAGAAAUGAAACGGAAACCCUUUGGAGUAGAUCUAGCUUGUUAGUUUAUUCUACCUAUUUACCACAGUCUAAAUAAAAAUUCAUAUGUAUUUUUAUUUACAAUAUCAGCAUGAUAUGUAAUUCAGUCCAGAAUCUGAUAUGUUGUGGCUGAUUGAUUCUGCUGCCGGAUAGGGCGUUAUCGCGUACAGGAGUAGUCGUUCGCCUGAAUCUGAACCGGGGUUUGCUUCAGAUCAAUGCAUGUACCAUUGUUACACUUUCAUCAUUUUGCUGAAAUUUGUGAAUCUUCUUGUGUUGGUUUUGUGGUUGA